AUGUCUUCGCAAAACAACGGUGCUGCUGGCGGUGCUCAGCUCCUCACUGGCAUCCUCGGUAACACAGUCUCGGGCCUGACCAACACCGUCGGCGGCGUCGUCGGCGCUGCAGGCCGUGGAGUCGGCGAGACGGUCAACGGUGUCACGGGCGGUGUCGGCAGACCCCUCGGCGACGGCAUCACGAACCUCACCGGCGGUCUCGAGAACGCGACCGGCUCCAUUGCCAAGGGCGCACGCGACGCCGGCCAGUGGAAGAGCCCUCGCAACUAA